GGUAUUCAUGGGAAAGGCCACAACAGGCCAUUGGUGGGAGGAAUGUGGAGAUGAUGGAAACUGUGACACACAACACCAGAGAGGAGCAAGAGGCUGCAUGGUAAACAGCCGCAGUUGGGCCGAGGAGCUCCAGGAUAUCUUUGCACCACAGGCAGAAGAUUGUUACAGUGGAGGGCGAAACAGACUGUCCAGCAUCUCUGCCCAGAGGAAUGACAGAGAGUCCAUCAGACAGAAACUUGCCCUUGGCAGUUUCUAUGACGACGAGCCAGUCAUCUACACCAGCUGCAGCAAGAACGGUCUGUCCUCCCGACUGCAGAGUGGGGUGAACCUGCAGGUGUGUUUUGUUAAUGACAGCAGCAGUGACAAAGACAGCGAUGCUGAAGACAGCAGGACAGAGACCAGUCUGGACACACCGCUGUCCCCUGUGAGCAAGCAGAGUACAUCGUUAUCGGACCGGGACACAGCAGAGGAGGACUCAGACCCGUUAGAUGACUGCAGCGGGUUCUGGCGGGUGCAACGGAGGCUGCAGGAGGAGGCACGGGUGGCGCUAGCUCUGGCUCGACCCAUGGCCCGCAUGCAGGUGGAGGUGGAGAGGCAAAUCCAACUGCACAGACGUUCACCUGUGGCUGACUUGCUUCCCCAUCUGCCCCACAUCAGCGAGGGCCUAAUGAAGAGGAAUCUGAGGCGAGGGGACAUGAGGGACAUGAGUCUAGGACAGCUGCAAGUCAUCACGAAUGACUUGCACUCACAGAUUCAGAAUCUAAAUGAGGAGCUGGUGCAGUUGCUGCUGAUAAGGGAUGAGUUGCAUGUAGAGCAGGAUGCCAUGCUGGUGGACAUAGAGGACCUCACCAGGCACGCUCACAGCCAUCAGCGGCACCAAGCAGAGAAAGCUAUCUCUAAAUAAACACCUCGUCUAAACGUGUGUACGUCUGCACGCCAUCUUACCUCCUGCUCCAUGGACUGUCAUCAGCGUUACUAAUGAAACUCCAUCUGUGCUGACUGUUUCUGUCAUAUACCAUAUACUUUAAUAUUAACACACAGACACACCACAUAAUGUAUUGCGCCACGGGAUGUUGUCGAAGGACAGAGGACAUCUAAAAAGAAGCUGGGCGAUCGCUCCUUUCAGUAUGGACACGGUUGAGUGUGUGCAGGCUUUUCACUUCCACUCAGCAUGAUUAAUCAUGCCAUAUUUUAUAGAAUUAAGGGAAUCCUCGCAACGUAAUUGCAUCCCCUAACCCUCUUCAUGAUUUUGCACGGUACACUCGUGUAUGUUAAUGCUGGGUUGGAGAGAGCGCCUGCACGCCUUGUUUCUCCCAUGUCUGAAAGAGGAUGAUGACUUCUAGGGGCCACAUCUGACUGAACUUUGUCUUUUGUUUGUCUCUAUAAUAAUCAAGAAGAUUGAUUGGUUCACAUGUAGACCUGCUCUGUUCACCUGUGUGUCAUUUGUUUCACUAAGAGCACUGUGUCAUCGCUGUGGAAUUCACCAUGAAAAACGUACUACUCUCUGAGCUGUUGCAAUAGAAAAUGAUGAACACUCUGUGCUGAUUUGCAGUUUAGCUUCACGGUGGUGUUUAAAUGCUGCAGCAGCUUCACAGAGGUAUUGUAAUUCGAUAGCUGCUACAGUUUACACCUGCUUCAAUGAUGUAUUUAGAGCUGUACUGAACAUUUUGAACUUCAUUCAGACAAAUCUGUAUCUGUCAAAUGCCUUUAUGUACUCGGGAUAAUAGACAAAAUGACAAGAUAUGGGUUAACAAUUAUAUUGAUUAAUACAUAGGGAUAAAACAAGCAAAAGUGGAGGCAUGACAGCCCCUGAGUAAAAAGAUAUGCAAAGUAAUUUUUGCUGCUAAAAGCUCAAAUGUCAAGAUGGUAAACAAAUAUAUGAAUAAAUCACAACCUAAACAUAAAUCUAUUUUAUCUGUUAAGAGGCUUUAUGGACAUACUGUAUGUAAAUGUUAAAAAAUACUUUAUUAAAAGGAUGAAAAACAUGCCUUGUUGUCUGGCUGUGUUUAAGUGUUUUUACUCUCAGCUUUUUAAGAAUGUUAUUUAACACAAAGUCAAACUUUCUUUUUCUAUUAUAUGCUUCAUUGAUAAAUGUACUGUAUAAUGAUUGUAAAAAAACACUCCAGUAAUAAAUGUUUCCAGUGUGUGAA